AUGGGUCUCGGUGGCUACCUCGGAGCCAAGAGCGAAGCCGCAUCCUACAAAGAAACCCGCAGGGAAUGCACCCGCCUAACCCAAGACGAUCCGGCCAUGGCCCGCGCCCAGGUCCUCGAGGUCCUCGAACCCUACGACCUGCCCAAACAGACCCUCGAAGACGUGACGGAUCACCUCUCCACCUCCCCACGGCUGAUCGACUUCCUCAUGCAAUUCCACCACUGCGAGCAGGAACCGGCGUCCAACCGCGCCUUCAUCUCCGCCCUCACCAUCGCCGCCGGCUACCUCCUCGGUGGUCUCAUCCCGCUGUUCCCCUACUUCUUCGUCCCCGCCGAGGACGUCUACCUGGCGCUCUACAUCUCCGUCGCCGUCAUGGCCGUCGCGUUGUUCGCCUUUGGCUACGUCAAGACGUGUAUAGUCUCGGGCUGGUCAGGCUUGCGGUGCGUGAGGCAGGCUGUCGUCGGUGGGUUGGAGAUGGUUGUCGUUGGUGGUGCGGCAGCGGGUGCGGCAAUGGGGUUGGUGAAGGCUUUUGAUCAGCUGGCGCAGUCUGACGAUGUGUCUGCGUUGGCGAGCAAGAUUUUCUAAUGCUCUCACCUAUUUUCUUUUUCUACUCUUUUUUCGACUCAUGUCGUCUGUCUGGACAAGCUCCUUUUUCUUACUUCAAUACCUCUACUCUUCUUUUAUUCUCUUUGUCUAGGGUGUACACUGGAAUGUGUUACACACCAUCAGGGUGGUAGGGAGGCACAGGAACACUCGGCCCGGGGAUUGGGUCAGGGUAAAGGAAAAAUCUCCCAUGUUUGCAUUGUUUAGCGUUGCGCGGCCACUCCAAGGGAAACCUUAUUAUCCCAGAGUCGCCUUUCAGAUCGAGAAGAUAGUCAGGUCGCAGCGAUGCGAAGGGGGGCGGCGUUGGCGUCGAAGAGUCUCACGAAACUACGGAAUAUGACAGCAAGGACCGCUGCAAGGGAAGACAAAUGUUUACUAGAAAGAUCAUCUAUCAAACAAGUCCGAGACA